GCUCUAAUUACUAUUAUAUAUAUAUUACCUCAAUAAUUUGUUUCUGAUCCAACCUUUGUGCUUCCCCUCUGUCUCUGACUCUCUGUUUAUCUUUGCGUGAGAGACAGAUCGAGAUGGGUGCACUGCGACCAAGCUCCAUAGCUAAUGAAGGAAACGAUGCACAAAUCCAUGAAGAUGCACACCAUGAUGAUCAGAAGGACCUUGAUGCUGGUGCUCUCUUUGUUCUUAAAUCCAAAGGAUCAUGGGUGCACAGUGGAUACCAUUUGACAACUUCAAUAGUUGCUCCACCUCUGCUGAGUCUUCCAUAUGCUUUUGCCUUCCUUGGAUGGGCGGGUGGAAUUCUUUGCCUCGUCAUCGGAGGCCUCGUCACUUUCUAUUCAUACAACUUAAUCUCUCUGGUUCUUGAACACCAUGCUCAGCUGGGUCAUCGCCACCUCCGCUUUCGAGACAUGGCUCAUGAUAUCUUGGGACCCAGAUGGGGCAGGUAUUAUGUAGGCCCAAUUCAGUUCAUGGUCUGCUAUGGUGCUGUUGUUGCUUCUACUCUUCUAGGAGGACAAUGCAUGAAGGCAAUUUACUUACUAACCAACCCGGAUGGAACUAUGAAGUUAUAUGAAUUUGUGAUCAUAUUUGGGUGCUUUAUGUUGAUUUUAGCUCAAAUUCCAUCAUUUCACUCGCUGAGGCACAUCAAUUUGGUGUCAUUGGUUCUCUGCCUGGCCUAUAGUGCCUGUGCCACUGGUGGUUCCGUUUCUAUCGGAUCUUCCUCCAAGGGGCCAGAGAAGGACUAUUCCCUAGAGGGCAAUACUGAAGAUCGCAUAUUUGGGGUCUUCAUUGCAAUCGCCAUCAUUGCCACAACAUAUGGGAACGGAAUUAUUCCUGAAAUUCAGGCAACGCUAGCACCACCAGUGAAGGGGAAGAUGUUCAAGGGACUGUGUGUUUGUUAUACAGUAACCACGGUGACUUUCUUCAGCGUAGCCAUCUCUGGGUAUUGGGCAUUUGGUAACCAAGCCGAGGGCCUCGUCCUCACCAACUUCUUGGUCAAUGGCAAAGCUUUGGUACCCAAAUGGUUCAUUUUGAUGACCAACAUCUUCACCAUUCUCCAGAUUUCUGCUGUCGGUGUGGCAAUUGGUAGUAAGUCCGUUGAAUCUCGCCAUAAACCACCGGAGACGGUUGGAUUUCGCAGCAAAAACACCAAGGGGCAGUCAAAUCUCGCUGCAAAUUACGAAGGGACGGUUGGAUUUCGCCGCAAAUACCAAGGGGCAGUUGAAUUUCGCCGCAAAACCACUAAUGGGCGGUUAGAUUAUUUCACCGCAAAAUACCAAAAACUUUAA